GCACUUUAGGGGAGUUUUUAUUGAGUCUCAGUCGCCCAACCAAGUCCUAAUCUUUCCUCUCCUCAACUCAAACCCAAAACUCCAUCAUUCAAUUCAAUUCAGCACCAUCUAACCCUAAUUCGUCGCCGUCCCCGCUACGACGUCGUCGGGAGGAGAUGGGGCUGUUUAAGAAGCUAUCGCUGUUUCUAGGGUUUUCCAAAGACGAUGACCACGAAGUCAAAGACAAAGAGGAGGACGAGGACGAUAGUCAGCCCCGUAAUCAGGCCCAUCUCCGAGACACCGGCCUUCCCCGCAGAGGCUUCAGCGUCCCUGUUCAAGUCGCCGUUGACCGUCCUCUCCCCGGCCCAAUUCUCAUUCCUUGUCGCUCCGGCGACGGCGGUGUUCAGGGUCUAAGAUGGCAUGCAAGGCGACAAAGGAUGGAUGAAGAUGGAGAUGUAGCAGAUCAGUUCCUGGAUGAGGUCUUCCCAGAUAUGUCUGCCAGCAGGGAAAAUAGAAGGUUUGAAGUGAAAUCCAGUACGAGGCCAGCUAAAGUGAAGAGUCAGGCCUUAUCACAGGAUGGAAGAAUCCAACAGUGUGUGGAAUACCGAGGUAGAUCUCUGUGGAUAUGAUGAUUCCUUGAAGAAGCUGAUCAGGUCUCUUUCCUUUUGUGGUCUAUUGUUUUUUUGGAGUGGAUUUGUCAUCCUAGUUCUCUAGUGCUGAUAAGAAGAAGUGUGGAACACAGGAGCCCAUUAUAUUAAUACAUAACAGGUGUGGGUUUUCUGAAAAUUGUUUGCUUCAAGGGUCUGGGUUGUACUGCUGGAAGCCUGGAACUAACUGUGGUCAUGCGCUUGCAUGUAGGAGUUGGAUGUAACUUGCCUGUAGGAGUUGAAUGUAAACAUUUGAUAUAGUCAUUAAUAUACACCGGUAGUUGUUUGA